UUGCUUCUUUACAUUUCCCUCAUAAAGUUCCCCUCCCAUUGCUUUCUCUCUCUAUAUAAUCCUCGUUUGAUAACUUCAUUCAUCAAAUCAACGUUAAACCAAAAGGUGACGAUCACUUGGUUGCAUAAUAUAUAGUUUUGGUGUACAAUUACAACGUUAUCAUAUUAGUUACUAUCGAUGGCACCACGAGUAGAUAAAGAGUAUCGGGAUGAGAUAGAAAAAGCACGGACAGAGCUUCAUAAUAUUGCAAUGUCGAACGACAAGUCCAAUGCUCCUCAUUUGCUUCGUUUAGCUUACGCAUCCCAAUUCUCAAUUGCCAAUUCUCAUGUUGAUGAUGCAGCAACAAAGCCAACACAAUCUGACGAUACUAUUAGUACUCUCAAAAAAAUUCAAAAAAUCAAGGCCGAUCAUCCCAUAAUAACGCAUCCUGACCUAUAUCAGCUUGCUGGGAUUGUUGCUGUUGAAAUACUUGAUGGUCCAAAAAUGGAGUUUGUCCCUGGUAGAACGGAUUCAUCAAUUUUACCAGAUGAAAGCUGCCUUCCUGAUGUCAAACAAAGUGCGUCAGAUUUAAGAAAAGUCUUUGGUAAAGUGGGAAUCUCUGAGCCCAAGCAUAUAGUAGCAUUAUGUGGAGGUCUCAAACUGGCCAGAUCUGGACCAGUUCUGGGCCCGAGUUUGAAAUUUGACGAUCCAUACUAUCUUAGGGAGCCCGGCAAGAAGAAGGAUUCAAGUCCCACUGAUAAACCUCUCCUUGACAAGAAGAAGGAUUCAGGUCCCACUGAUAAACCUCUCCUUGACAACAAGAAGGAUUCAGGUGGUCCUACUGAUAAACCUCUCCUUGACAAGAAGAAGGAUUCAGGUGGUCCUACUGAUAAACCUCUCCUUGACAACAAGAAGGAUUCAGGUCCCACUGAUAAACCUCUGCUUGACAAGAAGAAGGAUUCAGGUCCCACAGAUAACACUCUGCUUGAUGAUCCGAAAUUUCGCGAGUGUGUGCAACUUUAUGCAAGGAAUAAAGAGGCUUUUUUCAAGGACUACGAAGAGGCACACAAGAAGCUCUCUGAGUUUGGAUUACCACAUUCAUCAUUUAUUAGAUCAGUAUUGGAAAAAAGCAUGGAACUUGUGACUAGCAGCACGGCGACACAAAGGGUUGUUGCAGCCGCUGUUGCAAUAUUUGGUGUCUUCUAUCUAAUCAACAGGAGGAGAGCUAAGCAUUCACAACAGUUCCAUUAACAUGGUCUCAAUAUAGAACCAAAAUCCAGUCACUUAUUUUUUUUUAGAUUUAUCAUGUAAGAUCUUGGGGAUCUACAUCAAUAAAAUAACCCGGAGUCUGCAUGAUAUGUCUUGGGUAACUUUUAAAUAUUCAAUAUAGAACCAAAAUCCAAUCACUUAUUUUUUUAUAGAUUUAUCAUGUAAUAGAUCUUGGGGAUAUCUCCAUCAAUAAAAUAACCCCCGGUCUCCAUCA